UUGAAUGACAAAAAGGUGAAAACGACAAUCUCCAAGUAGGAUAAUCCUUUACAUUAGAUGCACAUAGCUUUAUGGAAGAAGAAUGACUGUUUUGCUGUUUUCUACCCCCCUUAGCCGUGAUUCCAUGAAAAUGCUGGCAGAGACUGGCAUCCAGGCACCAACUGGCUUUUGCGAGUCACUCACUGUUCCCGCCCGGAUUCUGAAGCCCGGAGGCGUUUAUAGUUUGAGGCACCUUGCUUCCCCCUGGUGGCCACAGGGAAUUACUGUCGCGACUAAAAGAAGCGUCACAGUGUAUACACAGCGGGCCCUAUCCCGCCAUACAUUCUAUGCUUUUUGAACACCCGCCGUGGGCUAAGCAUGGGACCCAUGUGGGAUGCGGACACAUGGAGAAGAAGAGAGCCAGGCCCUUGCUGUCAAGGAACUUUCUUAUAACACCGAUGCUUCAAACAAAAGGUAGUGAAAUUUUCUGGGUUUGUGCGUUGAAAUGUCUUUCCCUUCAACUCCCCAACAAGGUGCUUUUACUCCCUCUUAUCACCACUGCCUGCCAGAGGCAGUAAACUUGGGUCCAGCUGGCCCUGUCAACCUACAUAACCACACAGUGAGAGGCUCUGCAAAGAAAGGCAUUUAUUCAGCAGCAGAGCAUUGCAAUGGUAAUGCCACAGCAAACUAUGUGCAUAUUCGAGGAGGCAAAGGAAGAAAGGAAGAGAAAGGUUUUCAAAGAGAAAGCAGCAGUGAGGAUGCCAGGGUCCCUGGGUUUCUAGAAGACAAGUUUUCAGCUGCAGAUCAAACAUUAGGACGUCAAUGUAUCUGUCAGGAGAACACCCGGGACAGUGUUGAGAACACAGAACCUGGAGGCUAAACCCCCAGCUUUCUAUGCUAGCUGAGAGUCUGUGGGCACAUUACUCAGCAUCUCUGAACCUCGUGCUCCUCCUCCAUGACAUGUAGAUUGCUAAACCCAUCUCACAGGGCUGUCUUCUGCAUUUAAAGAAUAAAAUUACACAUGAGGGGUCU